GCCGACGGGGAGGCUGGCGCCGCGCGCACCCGCCGGCCCGCGCCCGCUGGCGCGCGCCGCAUGGAGGUCGGCGCGCGCAAGAGCGUGGCGGGCAAGCGGCUCGACCUCUCCUCGGACCGGCGCGCCGCCUGGGUCCUCGGCCGGCUCUGCGCCAUCUUCACGGUCCCGCCCUCGAGGGCGGAGAAGUUCCGGCAGGCGUUCGCGCAGGACGAGGCCUCGUGCAAGGAGAUAGGGGUCGGCGCUCGCUGGACGAGGAGACCCCGGCCUGCUUCUUCCACCCCGCGGCGGGGGGGGAGUCCUGCACCGCCUCGACCGACGUGCCGCUGCCCGCCCAGAUCAGCAAGCGCAAGGUCGUGGUGGUCGUCCGGACCCAGUUCGAGGCCGAGAUCACCGAGGACGACAUCCGGUCCAGGGUGAUCAUGCUCGAGCUCUCUGGCGGCGUCAUGGACGAUAUUCUGAAUUCGUACUGCCAUUCGGUGUACCUGUCCGUCCUCAUGAAUCCCAACAACAGGAGAGGCUGGUCCGAGCUGGUCUCCAAGGACCUCAUGGACAAGUUCCAGAGCUUCCUCGCCCACCUGCACGUGAUCUGCGGCCUGAUGGGGGGCAAGACGCUGCUGCCCCUGCCCCCGCGGGAGGCGGGGGGCUCCGAGACCAGCGCGCCGGGCCUGCACGGGUCCGGCGACCGGGGGGCCGCGCAGCCGUCGGCUGGCAGCAAGGACCGCGUCCACAUGCUGGAGGGCGCGGUCAUCACCUGGACCAAGCAGGUGCGCUACGUCCUCAAGCAGGAGCCGGAGACCGUGUUCAGGGGCGGCCAGAACCCCGAGCCGGUCGCGGAGCUCACCUUCUGGAAGAGCCGGGCGGAUAACCUGAACGGGAUCUACUCGCAGCUGUGGGUGGACGGGGUGCGGCGGGUGCUGAAGUACCUGGAGGCGCAGAGGAGCAUAUAUGUCGCCCCCUUCACGCGCCUGCAGAAGGAGGUCGAGGAGGCCCGGGACGAGGCCAACGAGAACGUGAGAUUCCUGAAGACGCUGGAGAAGCCCUUUCAGGCCCUCAUGAGCGAGAAGGCAGACUUCCCGACCCUAGACACCAUGUUCGACGGGAUUUUCCACAUCAUCGUGCUGAUCUGGAAGUACUCCAAGUUCUACAACACCGUGGCGCGGCUGGCCGUGCUGAUCCGCCAGAUCUGCAACUCCGUGAUCGUCCAGGCGCAGCGCUACAUAGGCCAGAACGCCAUCUUCGAGAUGAUCCAGAACAGCGGGGACGCGGCCGAGUGCUUCGACAUGAUAGAGACGGUGAUCCACGUGUGCAGCCAGCUCGAGGAGAGCUACAGGGUGCACGCAGCCCUCGCGGAGGCUCAGGGCGGCGGCGGCUGGAAGAUGAAGAGCAGCGUGAUCUUCUCGCGCCUGGACGCAUUUCGCGAGCGGUGCACCGACAGCCUGGAGCUCACCAGGAUAGUCUUGCAGUACAACAAGCUGGAGAGGGUCAGCAUCGGGGGCACGAAAGGCAACAUGCUUUCCAUGUGCGUGGAGAAGAUCCGCGAGGAGUUCGAGGACGCUGUCAACACCUUCCGCCAGGUCAAGUACGACAUCAUGGACGGACGUGAACGAGACCGCCUUCGCCGACGACUUCUGCGCCUUCCGGAUGGCCAUCAGGGACGACCUGGACCAGCGCCUGGCGAGCCUCCUCUUCGCCGGCUUCGACGACCUCGACACCACGCAGGGACGCAUCAAGCUCUUCGACGCCUUCGAGGGCCUGCUCGAGCGCCGGGUGAUACAGGCCGAGCUGGAGCGGAAACAGAAGGUCCUCCUGGACCAGUACCACCGGGACCUCAUCGCCGUCCGCGCCCUCUUCGCGCGGCACCGCAGCGGGGUGGACAGCUUCGGCGAAGUUGCGCCCAUCUUCGCCAACCUGCCCCCGGUGGCGGGCGCGAUCUACUGGGCGAGGAGAGCCUCCGGGGCCGCGUCGAGGACCCCAAGAGGAAGAUCGACUUCUACAGGGGAAUGAUUCGGGAGGACCCCGAGAGCUACCACGAGGUCGAAGAGAUCUACUGGAAGGUGCUCGACAUGCUCGAAGAGUACGAGCGCCGGCGCUACGCAGAGUGGGAGGCCGAGGCGGUCGAGGCCGCGAAGCAGAAGUUGAGCCAGCGGAUCCUCCGGCGCCACGAGAAGAGCGGGCUGCUGAAGGUAAACUUCGACCCCGCGCUGGUGCGGUUGCUGCGCGAGGUGCGCUUCUUCAAGCUCGUGGGGCUGAAGGUCCCGCCGACCGCGCUGGACAUGUUCACCAAGGCGGACACGUACAGGCGGUGGGCAGGC